GGAGAGCCGCGGCGGCGGCAGAAACAGCAGCGCCGUGGAAGGGGUGCGAUUCAAAUUGCCCUAUAGGUAAAGCCUGUUGCUGCUGCACGGGCGUAGAGCAGAGCUGGCGGAGAGGAGCAGCAGUUUGUCGUGCCCGGCCUGCACAUCAGCACACGCACGAGCUAGAGAGUGAGAGAGUGAUAUAUAGAGCGAGGCAGCCCGCUGAGCAACGGGCCAGUAAUGUGCGCUGGUCGGCACAAAUCGGGAGAUUAUGGAUAGGCUGCCGAAUCUGACGCGCGGUGUAGACGAUUCAAUACCCAUACCAGGCCAAAACUGCGUGCUGGGCUCGUCUGGCUUCUUACUGGAUGGGACGUUGGUCACCUCGCCGUCAUGGGAGUCCGUCAACCAGGAGCUGAGGUGGUUUUUUUUAUUGCACACCUAUGCUUUCGCCUGUCUCUUUUUCGUACUGAGUUUCUACACGUUUUUCUCCUUACUAAACUUAAGAUCUUUAAUCUCGACUCCUCCCCUCAUGUCCACGAUAAACAUUAAUCUUUGCCUGCUCGGCGCCUCAAGGUCAGGCUGCCUUUUUAUAGAUCCUUACAAUCUUAAAGAGAUUAUGCCAAAAGUCAUCGGAUCGAUCACCUGGGAUAUCGGAUUUCCCUUCAUUACCUCGGCGUUCUGUCUCAUCCAGCUGGCUUUUCUUCAGCUCACUCAGGUGAAGUUCGGCCUGGAAAAGUUCCAGAAGGAGACCUACCUCAGCCUGAUGAUAAUCUUUCACUUCUCCUGCAUCAUCAUCAGCGACGUGAGCCUCGCUUUCCACGUGAGCUACAUAGCCACCUACGUGGUCCAAGAUGUUUUCCUGCUCUGGGGCAUAGUUUUGUACGUGACCUUCCUCUACGCGGGCUACAAGGUCAAGGCCCUGCUGAGAACCUUACCCUCGAAUCUGCUGACGCGCGACAAUUCGGGCGCGAAUCAGAAAGGCAUAAUGCAGCUUGCUAUGCUAGCGCCUUAUAAUAACUUAGCCACGUCUGUCGCUGCUGCGCUCGUACCUACCCUGCUUGGUCCGAAGCUAAAAGCCUUCGACGACAGCGAGCCCAACAAAGGCCCUGACACUAAUCCCAGCUUAAACUCCAUAUCGUACAUCGUAGCCCAGCGCGGCGGCUCGGUCAAGUCGAGCUAUCGGGUGCAGCAGGAGAACGAGAAGAACAACCGCCAGGACGAGUCGUUCGCCCAGCCCAUCUCAACAGUGCCUGAGGUCUACGUUCGGCCGCCAACCCCGACGCCCUCGAUCGCUAAUCUGCCGAUCAUCACCGUCUCCAGCCCGAGCAGACGGAGUUCACUGGCCAGUCGACGGGGCAGCGAUGUUUCCGGCCGUAAUUCCAGACGAGCUUCCGAGUGCAGCGUGAGGUUCGUCAACGAGGAAGACGCGUCGCCGAAUGCCGAAUUUAGCUCUGUACAAAUAGGCAAGCGGAGCCCGGAGCCGGAGUCGAGUCCGCGACAGUCGCCGUCGCUGGAUCGGCCGCGUACCCCCGAGGGUAUUCUACGCCGCAAUUCCGAUUGUAUCAGCACGACCCCGACUGGCAGCAACAAGGAUCUGCGUCGCUCGUCUGACUUCGGACACGAGAAGAAUCGCUCGCAAUUCGCCACCAAACUGAGACGCAACAGCGAUUUUGGCAACCGGACGCCAAGGAGGGCUCAACAGGAGCAGGAACAGUCAAAGCUCGCCAGGAUACUCGACGUCAGUCCUACCGGCUCUAGGAGAAACUCCGAUCUGGGCGGCCUAGCAGCGGCAAAAGUGGUGGAAUCUCGUCGCAACUCGGACGUCUCCUGUCGCAGCAGCGAUCGUCGCGGCUCUGACGUAUCGCAGAUCAAGCCUCUCGUGAUCAACCGGCGCAGCAGUGACAUCAGUAUCCAAAAUCUUGACAAGAGCCCAACACACUACAGCCCAAACUAUCUACCGGACGAGAAGACUGAAUCGCAGCAACAGCAGGAAUUGAAGUCGGAGUCAGAUUCGGAUCAACCGGACAAUUACUACGGGAACGAGAAAGCCGCUCUUAUGAACGGCGACAAUAAACCCAAGGACGAGGAUCAGGGCAAGUCGCGCAAGAAGAAUCUCUCGUGGAAGUGCGACAAGGUCAAGAAUGAUCAGGAGGAUAUUACCGCUGAGACGAGCCUACUGCCGGAGGUUCAGCAGCAGGGUCGAGUCACGGGCGCGGACUUUACACUUCAUUCAAUAUUGAAUCACAUCGCGUACGUCAAUCGAGCCAAGUCGGAUACGCCACUGCACAUACCCGAAGCGUCGACCGCCGCAGCGAGAAGGGCGCAGAUCAAGAGGGUCCUAAAUGUCACCUACGCCACAGCCAUCCUCGGUAUCAUCCUCUGCAUCGCCGAAGCUGGACGUAUCUUCGGGCCUUACGGACUGCUCGCCAACGUGGUGAAGCACAACACUAAGCCCACGGCUGAUCAAUAUCCUCGUCCCUGGCCCUGGAUAAUCUACCAAACGGUGUGUCGUCUUCUGGAGUUGAUAAUGGCUUGCGCGAUGGCGAGCAUCACGAAACAACCCUCAGCCAGUCCCCGGCAUCAAUAUCUGAGUAACUACCCCAACUACAAUCUGCGGAUGAAGCAACGGGAGAACCUCUACAUCUAAAGCAAUAUAUCACAGCGUUAUACGCGUUCGUAUAAAAAACUUCGAAUAGAAAGAAGCUCAGUUAUCUGAUAAGACUGAGAGUGCGACCCAGGAUGCCAAAAUUAUAUACUUCUCAAUUGCUCCUCCACACCUUUUCCUGCAUCCUCUUGCGAUCCGUAUAUACAUAAUAGGAUAUAAAACGCCGAAGUAUAUUCUUGUUGAAUGGAUGACCCGCGAAAUAUUAGUAGAUGAAGAUUUCUCCAAUUGGAACUCGAUGUAAAUAGGAAAGGUACAUUGUCGUAUAUCCAAAUUCGAAAGAUUUGUAAAAUACUAUGAUUUGCAGUAUUUUUCCAUUUUCAAAGUCGUCGCGACGCGCAUGUGUUUAUUUGGACUAUGUUGCAGCAUGCUCAUCUUUUUAUUAUCCACGAGAAAAACGAUUAUGCUAUUUCAUUAGACACGUAAAUUAAUAUACUUAAAAGUCAAUUUCAUAAUUCGAUUACGAGAGAUAAAAGAACUAUGUAUUGGUAAUUGAAUGCUCAUUUGCUGACUUUGAAAAAGAUAAUUUUGUUCUAUAUACUUUGACAGAAACUUUUUCGCAAGGCCAUAUUAUCUUUAUUUAUAUGUGAAAUUAAGUUAAAGAUAUGAAGUCAUUGUAUAAAGUAAUUUACUUUUAUAGCUUAAAAGUAUUCUACUGGUGAAUUUUUUAUACACAGAGAAGUUUAUCUUUAAGGUAUCAUAAUUUUCAUUGUAUAUUCAUUUAAUUUAUUGCUCUCUUCAUACUGCUACAAAUAUUACUUGUAUAAUUUGACUAGUCUAAUUGUUUUUUACAAUUUUUUAAUUAAAAACAAAAGAAAAAAUCUUUUUCUACCGAUAGCAUAAAACUCGUAAAUGUUACCGUUAUGCAAUGUAUUGUUCAUUCCAACUUUUGAUGAAAGGAAAAUAAUUAUAAUUGUGCUCUAAUACGCAUAAUUUUCAGAGAUGAAAUGUAACAAUUUAAGCGACUUUCAUGAGAAUAGAGAUAUAAAUGCAGCAAUAGGUCAGUGUAACAUUUUAAAAGGAACUGUGUUCAUACAAAGUACAUUGAUCAAGUGCAUUUUUUAAUAUCGUAUACAGUUACACCAACGCAAAAUAUUAUUUUUUACUACUAAUCAACUCAGUGAAAAUUUACUUAGCGCUGAGAAGUAAUAGUAUUACGAUUUUCUGUUAUUACGUUAUCACCAGACUCGAUUGCUAAAAUAUACUUUUCAAUAAAAUACUGUUUUUACGUAGGAUUGGUAUUUGUGAUACUGACUUGAGUGAAAAAAGGAAACACUUGAUAUCUGUUAGCGUGUCGCGGCUCCACGUAUAUUGUUUUCUAUCAAACGACGUUAAUCUAUAUAGUCGCGACAAUAAAAUGACUGUACAUAUAAAUUAGCAUAGUAGAAUGAUAUAUUGACACUAUACUUUUGCACAGUGAUCUUCGAUUCGAGGAGGAGAAAACUCUUCGAAAUUCUUAUUUAUUUUACAAAGUAUUUUUUAUCGAUAAGUUUAUUUAAGGAAGUAUACACAUAUUUUAUAACCAACUGAAACGUGCGUGAUACUAAUGUUAAUUACUAAUAAUAUUUUAUAGUGAUUAAUUAUUCAGUCGUUUCGAAUUUCGGAGAGAUUUUUUUUCUUUGAUAUAAUGUUUCUUGAAAAUCACUAAACUUACAAAAACCUUUUUAAAGUGCCCUAUUCUUAAAUGUUGAAUAAUGAAACAAAAAAGUUGUUUAAUACUAAAAGAUAAAUGUCUAAAUGGUUUAUUUACAAAUAAAACUUGUAACAGUGUUGUGAUUCUAAAUGUGAUAAAUGUUUAAAUGUGUAGCAGUAAAAACUAUUUUGUGCCCAUUGUAAGCUGUAUAUUUACUGCGUACGAUAAAGUUCUAUUCUCUGCAAAACGAUUAUUUAUUAACACUUUUUGACGCGGAAUAAGAAUACUAUACCGUCUAUUGUUUUUACAUUGUGAAUACUCUGAAUCGCAUUGUAAACAAUCAUCUUGUCCUUACGAACACUUUCAUGAAGAUUGAGUUAUUAAUAAACCACAUAUAGUAGCACUCGGUACGAAAUAACAACUUUAAAUGCUAGUUCGAGUAACUUCCGAGAAAAAUACUAGAAUAAUUUUGAGGAUGAUGAUAAGUUUUGUAAUUAAAUAAAGAAACCGAAGUAAGUGAUCACUUUUAUGCUGGACAGAUCGAAUAAAAUGUCUGCUUACUUGAGAAGCUAUAAUGUUUCAAAAACAUACUCAAUCAAGAAAAAAAAUAUGAGGAAUAAAAUUUAUUUCACUUUAAGUAAAAUUUUGAAAUAACUUUUCGGCGCGUUUAUUUUUGAUAAACAAAAUAGUGCGGUUCAGGGAUUUUUUUCGUACUGAUUACGAUUACAUUCUGAGAGUGUUGCUGGCAAUUGCUCAUUGUUAAACCGUGUAAGUUUAUAUGGAUACUUGUUUAAGUUUUCUAUCCAAGCAUAAAGGACCAUGACUUAGAAUUAAAGUUUUUAGAAAGUUAUAUCGAAUACCUUUGAAGUAUAAUAAAUGUUUUAAUGUGCCAAAUAUUCAUGUUAAAUACUUUUCAGUGUUAAAGAUUGUGCGACUUCGAAGAAAGAAACUUCAACAAAAUUAUAUUAGUCACCAUAUACGUAUUGUUACAGAAAAACGACUAUUUAUAUACCAAUGUUAUGUAUACAUAUUAGCAUCAACGCUAAACCUGGCGUUUGAUGAACUUCCUAGAUAAAAUAUGCAGUGUACAUUAAUAUUUUUAUGAAUAGCCAAUACGAUUCAAAGAUAUCUAUAUACUUUCGAUACCUUAAAACUUUUUAAUGCAGCACGAGACAAUAUUUGUCAAUGAGAUUAAACGGUUGAACUAAAUUUUCGAAUCGAUAUAGUAGCAACAAAAAUGGAAGGGUAACACAUAUGGAUUACCACGCAUUUCAUAGAAGUAACUUUUUGUUUGCAAGGUUGCUUAAAUGAAUAAUUUUAUUGAUAAGACUGAAAAAUCAACAUUAUCAUAUAGUUUAAGCUUUUUGCUUUGAAACAGAUAUUUUAUUUCGUUUCGUCAUAACUAUACAAUUGAGGUUUAUUGUUAGAAAAAAAAAACAGUUUACUAUAAAACUAAGCAUUAUAGAGUCUAUCUGGUAAAACUAUUUAUGCUAUCAAAAACCGAAAAAUAAACAAAAAGUUGCUAAUACCUGCAUCCACGUUUGAAACAAUAUAAAAAGAUAUAUUAUAGUGUACAAGAAUUCGUUGUCUUUCGAUUGUUUAGCAUCUAAGUACUGUGCAUUGCAGUGUGCAAGUUGUAUUAGAUAGACCUGUCAAUAACAUCAAAUCUUGUAAGUAGCAAUACGUCAUUGAAGAAUUUUGUGAAAUUGGAUUAAACUUAACUCCGAUUCUUUAGACCUUUUUAUUCACGGGUUGGAAUUGAGUGUGGUAUACAUUUUUAAAAUAGUUUUAAAAAACGUAACUUACAACGUACAGAUAAUGAUUUGAAAACAUUAUAUGAAAUAAAAAAUGUAUGUAUGGAAGUACAUUAAUAAUAAAAAAAGUUUUAAAAUUGUUAUGCAAUUUCAUUUGGAAAUACAGAUGUUAGUCUGAAAAUUAAAAUAGUCCAGAAGAAUGAAAUAAGUUUUUAUAUUUAAUUAAAUGUUACAAUUGCAUUUCUUUGAUACCAUGAAAAAAUAAAAAAGAAA